AAGUUAUUUGAAAAUUAGUUAUUUGAUAUUUCUUAUAUUAAACAUGCCUACAUGCUAGCUGAUUACACUAUUUGAGCAUAUUGUGGUAAAAUUUCGAAGUACACAUAAUUAAAUUUAAAGAAAAAAAUCAAUUCAAUUUAAUGAAGUUUUCAAAAGAUAAAGGUAAAAAGAAAAAAAAAUGGGAGUUUUAUUUUCCUCGGGUCAUUGACAUCGAAAACGGCGUCGUUCCUUCUCAAAAUGAAAUUUACACACUUUUGCGCCAUAGGGGUUUUUGGGUUUUCAAAAGAGAGGGAAAAAACGAGGGCUUAUAAAGCUUUCCGCCGAGAGUCGCUGAUUCUAAUCAAAGAGAAAUGGCUGAAGAAGCACCAAUUUCAGAAACAACAAUCCCUGCCCCGGUGCCGGAGCAGAACCAGAACUCGGUGAACGCCACAAUUGUAUCUGAGGUUCAAGGAGGCACAGAAUCAACUUGCAACAACGAUAAUAAAGAAGCUGAGAGUUCUGCGGUUACUUCUGAUGGUGACCGUGAAAAAUCGCUGGAGUAUGCUGAGGAGUUAAUGGUGAAAGGAUCGAAAGCUUCUAAAGAUGGAGAUUAUGGAGAAGCUGUAGAUUGCUAUAGCCGUGCCCUCGAAAUCCGGGUUGCACAUUAUGGUGAACUUGCUCCUGAAUGCAUCAACUCAUAUUAUAAAUAUGGGUGUGCUUUGUUGUAUAAAUCUCAGGAGGAAGCUGAUCCUUUGGUUUCUUUGCCAAAAAAGGAAAGUGUGUCUGAACAAGAUUCUAAUAGAGAUGGUUCUGUUAAAAGUGUUAUUAGUUGUGAGUCUUCUAUCUCAAGUACUACUGAACCAGGUGGAAGCUCAAAUGGAAAGGAAAAAGUGGAAGAUGAUGCUGCAGAGGAAAAAGAUGAUGAAGGAGAUGAAGAGGAAAGUGAUGAUGAGGACCUGGCAGAAGGUGAUGAGGAUGAAACCGACCUGGAUUUGGCCUGGAAAAUGUUAGAUGUUGCAAGGGCAAUUGCUGAAAAGAACUCUGGUGACACAAUGGAAAAAGUGGAUGUAUUAUCAGCUUUGGCUGAGGUAGCCUUGGAAAGAGAGGAUGUGGAAACUUCCCUUAGUGAUUACCUGAAGGCAUUAUCCAUUUUGGAACGCUUGGUUGAACCCGACAGUCGCCAUAUUGCUGAGCUAAACUUCAGGAUAUGCUUAUGUCUAGAAAUUGGUUCUAAGACUCAGGAAGCUAUACCAUACUGCGAAAAAGCUAUUUCAGUUUGCAAGUCGCGGCUAAAGAGGCUCACUGAUGAAAUAAAGCUUUCAUCAGAAUCUGCAGAAAAAACAGCUACUAAUUUAGAUCAGAUUGCCAGACAGUCUUCCAGCGCAUCACAGUCAGACUCCGUAUCUGCUAAAGAAGCUGAAGUUGAAACGCUCACUGGUCUAUCUACAGAAUUGGAGAAGAAGCUCGAAGAUUUGCAACAGUGCGUUUCAAAUCCAUCAUCUAUCCUCUCAGAUAUUCUGGGAAUGGUUUCUGCAAAAGCACGAACUAUGGAAAAAGCUAAUGCUUCUGUAGCAGUGAGCUCUUCACAGAUGGGUGCUGCUACCAGUGGUAGCGGAAGUUUUGACUCUCCAACUGUUUCCACUGCCCACACUAAUAGUGCAGCUGUAAUAACCGAUCUUGGAGUAGUUGGAAGAGGAGUUAAGAGGGUGCAUCUAAACCCAACUACUGAGUCUAAUCCAGCGAAAAAACCUGCAUCUGAGCCGCCGUCAACUAAUGGAGAUGGCAGUGCCUCGUAAGGAAUGUAUUGUUGCUGCUUAAAUUAAGUAAUCCUUACAUACCAAUUUAGCCUAUUGCCAACACUACUGAUGAUUCCCUUAGUAUGUUGCACUCUGUUGGUUAAUUGGGAAGUCUGUUGUCCAGAUAUAUGUUCUUUCCUUGGUCACUUUAAUGACUUUGUAACAACUAUUCUGUAUGUGUUGCUUUAUUUCUUCCGCGGUAUGGUUUAGAUAAUCUACUUAGAUUUAGAAGUUGACCCCUUGUUUGAAUGAAAUGAUAGCUCAGUCUAAUUGGCAA